CGUGAGAUCCGAUUGGUCGGCGAUUAGCAUAAAUUAUUCCCGUGUUGAGUUUGUGAGCUCAUGAAUAUUAACGAGUGUCCCGCGCUUUGCGUGAGAUCCGAUUGGUCGGCGAUUAGCAUAAAUUAUUCCCGUGGUGAGUUUGUGAGCUCGUGAAUAUUAACGAGUUCCCGCGCUUUGCGUGAGAUCCGAUUGGUCGGCGAUUAGCAUAAAUUAUUCCCGUGGUGAUGGCGUGGUCAGCUUCCUCGUUUUCGUUCGGUUCACCCUCUUAUCACGAGGGAGGGGUGGCCGGCGGCAGUAGUACUACUACUUUUGUGGUUCACGCUCUUCGUGAAUUAAAACAAACACAAAAUAACCAAACAACAUCGACAUUUACUUAACUCGCAAAGAAUCGUCGAAGCCAAAAAGGGGGCGGUUGGGUCCGGAUUUGAGGCCUCAGCCCGAUUUUCUUUCUUUUAUGACGGGAGCCGCCUUUCCCUUGGGGUAUAUGGACGCUGUGGGGGAGACGGUGAUGACUACUCGGGACAACAACAACGGCAGCAGCAGCAGCAAGACGACGAUGCCACUCGGCGAAGAAGUUGAGCAGGACAUUAAACGCGAGGUGUUGACCAAUCUCUUGGAUUACUUGAGCGAGCGGAUUCAGGCCGACAGACACUUCGCCUUCCUGCGUGCACGCAAAGUGCUGAGCCGCAGCGAUACGGAGGAAAUCUCGUACCAGUCGACGCGCCGACGGCAGGCCGAGCGACUCAUCGAGUUCCUAGAGCUGCAUCCGUUCGGGUUGGAUGGUCUGCUCAGCUCGCUCCAACACGAGGGCACGCAGAAGCACAUCGUGGACCGGCUGAACAAUGAGUGGAAACGUCUUAGGCUCACCAGGACUGCACAGAACCCAGCCAACGCAUUAGACCGCUCCUUCAGCAGCCCCAGCUGCUUCCGAACAGUGCAUCCUGAGAGCGAGCAAAGUGAUACUUCACUGGGGUCAUCAUGCUCUGGAAGCAGCUCUUACCACCACAGCCUCAGCGUUCCGGACAACUUGACUGGGUUGUCCCAGGACGCCUUAAGGCGCUCUCCACAGUGCGUUGUUAAAAGUCCUCAGCAGCAGCACUUGCAUGAUUGUGACAAACAUUUUACCCAUAGCACACAAUUUUCAUUCCAGAUUUCGAAUACAACUUCCAGGCCAGGUGGUGCGUUAGACCAACCGUCGUACUACAGCAACCCACAUAUGCACACCACCUCAACACACGGAAGAAGCUCUCCAACUGCUGAGUCGAUGGCUCUUGUACAGCCAUUAAAAUCCCCCAAUGCUGAUAUGCUGCACAGAAUACAACCUGGUUUCCAAAGCAUUGUAGGUGCAGAAUCUCCACAGCUUCCCAGCUCAUCAAUUGGUCCUUCUGGCCCCAACAAUGACUGUAUGCCUCAUUCUUUGUCAAGUCAAUCUGUUCCUUUGAGAGAAUUUCAAAAAAUGAAUCUUAGAACAUCUCCUGAAAUUAGAAAACCAGUGGAAUCUGAUGAGUUUGGAAUGAUUUAUCAGCCUAAGAAUGUUGCUCUUAAUGCUGCUUCAACGGAUAGCUGUGGGAAAAAGUCGCCUCCGAGUACCACGACAGGCAUCGGUAGCUACAUGAGCAUUUUUAAGGUGUGGCCGGUCGGUUGUGAGCCAGACCAUUUGCCGAGGCCAGCUGAAGAGGGUGGUCCUCCGCUGCCAAAGGAGGACAAAAGUGAUGAGGUGUGAAUAUAUGCAAUAUAACGGCAGCCCACAUCUGUGCUCAGAUUGUGCUCUGAUCUGCUGAAAGAAGACAUCUUAUUAGAUGCAGCAACAAUUGUGCUGUCUCUUUAUUGGUUCUUUUACGUUUUUUCAUGAAAUGCCAUUUUUCUUACUGGACAAUACUAGAAUUGUGACGUCAAGUUUACUGACUAAAAGCCAAUCUGUCGUGUGGGUCUUGUAAUGUUAAUUGGCUUCACAUUGGCAACUUUUUUAUAUAAAUGUAGUUUUGCUCAUGGAGUUUUUAGCAUAAGGCACUGGAAUUUGGAUGUAUACGGCUUGUUUUUUUGCAACAAAACGUGUGUGAGUUAAAGGCUAAAUUACUUACAAAGCCUAUAUAUUUAGAUGUCCGUAAUAUAUAUCAGGAUUCAAUAAAAUGUGUAAUUUAAUGAACGGGUUGGUUGAUGGUGUUGUGCAGGAGUUUUAAAUCACGCUAUGUCACUUGUUCCCAGCAUUUUGUUUGACUCAUUGUAUCACGAAUUCCCCAUUUAAAAAGUAUUAUAAAAUUCAGUACUUGUGAUUUGUUGCUGAUUUUCACAUUAUGAAAAUCAGAAAAUUGAGCCGAGAUGCAAAAUUUUGGAUCUGACAAAGGUACAUGACUUUUGUGAUUUUUUUUUAUACUAAUGGUGAUGUAAAGUGGCAUUGAUUGAUGUCACUAUCAAUAGGACAAAGACAUUAAUUUGGUACAUACUAUAAUUCAGCGGUCCACAACCUUUUUGGCACCAGGGACUGGUUUCGUGAAAGACAAUUUUUUCAUGGACGGGGGGGGGGGGGUUCAUCAUUGGGUCUUUCCCCCUUUUCAAAGAAGCUCUCCGGUGACGUUUGUUUUUUUUACUAAUUUUGGCUACUAGGGUUGGCUUGUGGGCUUACCAAAACUGACUGAGACAAGUGCGCUGUGCGGGAAAGAGGCGCGGACGGAAGUGGUAAAUAAAUAAUGGGGGCGGGCCACGCGCGGACUCACCGCUCUCACCUCCUGUGCGGCUCGGUUCCUAACAGGCCGCGGACCGGUACCGGUCCGUGGCCCUGCUAUAAUUUAUUUGAGUUUCCAAGGACAUUCGAAUUUGUGCUUUGAAAUCCAAAAAACUGUAAUCCGAAACUAAUCGCUAAUAUGUACACAUUGUAUAUCGCUGUAUAUAUUUCUCUGUAAAUACCUUUGUCUUCAUUUGACCAAAGAAUGUUAGCAUAUCUAUAAUUUGGACAUGCUGUUAGACAAACAGACUUUAUUUCCCUUCUUUGUUCACCAGUUUUACACACUUUUUUAGCUAGAAUUAAACUUUUGAUAUCUAAAUAAACUUGAUUUAUGAAAUGUUUUUUAUUUGUCUUUGUGGCAUUGGAAAGGGUCGCUGUGAUAUUCAUGUUGCUGAACAGUCCAGGGAAAAUGCUGUACAAGGUUUGAUUAUUAAAGUUCCAAGAAUAGUUUUCAUAUUGGAAUAUCCUGAGGAUUGACCUAACACUUUUUACUCCGAUUGCAAUGGUAGGGUCUACAAGUAAUGGAGAGAUCACAUCAGCUCAUACUGGUGUGUGGCAGGCCUGCACAGCAGAAGAAAAUGAUCAAUAUGCCAGUGUAUGCCAGGAUUUCGAUGCAGAUGCUGAGAAUUAUCAAUUUUUUUUUGAUAAUAUCAUAACACAAUGGAAUAGAAGUGUAUACAUGAUCCCAGUCACGAAACAUAAAAGCUGCCAGUGUAAAACACUAAAUUGACCGAGGCCAAACCUGUGAAUAUGCUGACCUGUUUAAUCAUAAAGCACUUGUCACCAUGCAUUUCUCCCAAUGGUUAGCGAAGGAGACCUUCUGACUGUCUAUGAGAUAGAGUUGACGCCCAAAAAAAACAUUGAUAUUGCAGCAUCAUGGCAGGCACACGCCACGCUUUCUGAGAAUUGUUAGUUAGCCAAGCAAUGUCGUUCCAGUACACCCCCCCCCCCCCCCAAUCACCAUCUUGUCCCAUGUGGCUUUUCAGUUCCAAAACUAAAAAUUGCUCUGAACGGAAAGAUGUUUGAGUUUGCAAUAAUAUUUUUUUAUAAUUAAAGCAACAUUACAGGCUACAGAGCAUCAUGAAAGGACUAACAGAUGCGUUUCCAGAAGUUAGAGGAACGCUGGAAAAAGUGUCUGUAAAAGAGACCACUUUGAAUAAGGUGGCAGCCUCAUCGGGAAGUGUAAGGAUAAAUUCAAAUACCACUCUUGAAACCUUUGUCAGUCAUCCUGCGUUUUAAGUAUUCCAAUUUCACAUUCUAUUAAAUAUACCGUCAAGGAAUGCUAAGUUGUGGCCCUCCAAAUGCUUAUGCCACCGUUGACCGAAGGGCUUGCAGCAGAGAAAAUUAGGAUAUUUGAUCUAUUACAUUUGACCAGAGGUGGGCCUCCCCCAUUCACCAUACGUGACCUGCAAAUUAUACUGCUGGGUGGAUAGAAACUGGGGAAUUACGAAAUGUUUUCUUAUUGAUGCGCUUGGGCAUGGAGUUGAACCUGAAACCUUUGGAUUGUAAGUCUAGUGUUCUAACGAGUACACCACGGCAGCUUAAAAUUAAUUUAGCAUGAAAAUGAAAAUCUGAGAUGACUAUUUAAAGUAAGCAGCUUUUUAUUUGUGUUAUCUUUACAACAUUAAGACUACUGCACAGGCUUUUGCAAUCCAUCGGUUUCCAAAAUGCUUCAGAGCAGAAGUUGAAGAGGAGUUUGUAAUUAUAUUGUUUUUUUGUCACAAGUUAAUGUUUGUGCACCUGUGCUUUCCAUGUUUCUGAUCAAAUUGCUCAAAGAUCCUAAAUACAGAUUUGUUGAUAUAAAGUACUUUAAUAUAUUUUGGAUACUGAUUAUCUGGAAACAUGAUAUUUAUGAACUUAACAAGCAUUAACCCUUUGAAAUAUAUCGAAAUAUAUUCGCGGGUAAAAAUGUUUUCAUUGAUUCAUAUUCUUGGUUCUUUCGGUAAAGUCACGUUGAAGGGAAACAAAAUAAUAAAAUAUAUAUAAAACUAUUUUAUUGUUUCCCUUCAACGUGACUUUACCGAAAGAACCAAGAAUAUGUUUUCAUUGGUUAAAGUACUCUAUGCGUAAAUGUUUGCAAUGACUUUCAUCACGUCAGGGAACCGACAGAAGCUUCAUUUCUGCAAUAUUAAAGCUAUCCACACGACGGUAUUUAACUGCAUGAUUAGCACGGUUUGCUACGUACGGUGCGAAAGAAGUUUAACAUACAUUUAUUUUGGGGGGCACAUUUGCACCGUAUGUCACUAUUUUAGGAUCCACAAUUAUUUGCUGUACCCUGCACUCCGAGCUGCUAUAAAUAUCUGCAUGAUGA